UGAAAGGCGAACACAUGCAGUCCGGCACUGCUGACCUAAGGACACGCUACCUCAAAUUCCUGAUUGCUCUCUCUCUCUACCUACCAAAGAGAGGUUUUAAAAAGGAGUCUGCAGAAGCUCCAGAGAGCUGUUUACACUUGGAUGCAGCAAAAGAAAGACCUCCAAUGAGAGAAGACUAGGAAACACUGAAAAUCUAUCUCUAAUUUUUUUUAGCAAAGAAUAAUGAAGAUGCUAAAUGUGGAUUUACUCAUUUUAGGUUUCUGCUUUGGUCUGGCCACUCAAUAUGGUGCUUUUGGCAAGAACCAGUAUCAGAUCCAAAAUGGCCCGUGUAGCUACACUUUUCUGUUGCCUGAGCAAGACAACUGUCAAAGCACCUACAACUAUCCUGAUCAGAAGGAUGGACCCAUGGACGAUGAGUCGGUUCAGAGACUGGAACAACUGGAGAUGGGAAUGGAGAACAACACACAGUGGCUGCUUAAGUUGGAGAACUACAUACAGGACAGCAUGAAGCAGGACAUGCUCCAAGUCCAACAGGCUGCUGUACACAACCACACGGCUACAAUGAUUGAAAUUGGGGCAAACCUGCUGAGUCAAACUGCUGAGCAAACAAGAAAACUCACUGAUGUGGAAGUACAGGUAAUCCAUCAUACAACUCGACUGGAGCGCCAACUUCUUGAAAAUUCCCUGUCGACGAACAAGUUGGAAAAACAACUCAUUGUCCAAUCAAAUGAAAUCAACAAACUGACUGAUAAAAACAGCCUUCUAGAAAAAAAAUUGCUGGAGAUGGAGCAGCAGAGGCAGGUGGAGCUCAAAACAUUUCAAGAAGAAAAGGAGCAGCUUCAGUCCCUAAUACUGAGACAGACGGCCAUCAUCGGGGAACUGGAGCAGCAGCUGCUCAAAGUCUCCUCCAACACCUCUGUUUUACACAAACAACAGCAGGAGCUAUUGGACACAGUGAACAGCCUGAUAAACACAUUAUCCACUGGUUCUGUCCGAGAACCCAAAAUUGCCAUGAUGCAAGAUACUCCAACCACAUACACGGACUGUGCUGCUGUCUACAAGUCAGGAAACGUCAAAAGUGGCGUCUACACUCUCACAAUCCCCAAUACCACCGCAGAGGUUAAGGCUUUCUGCGACAUGGAGACAGAAGGAGGCGGCUGGACGGUACUACAAAAACGCUUCGAGGGCCGUGUUGACUUUCACCGUACGUGGCAGGAGUACAAAAAGGGAUUUGGAGAACCUUCAGGUGAAUACUGGCUGGGAAAUGAAUUUGCUUCCAGACUGACAAGUCAACAGACAUACAAAUUAAGGAUCCAACUGAGUGACUGGGAAGGAAACUCUGCUUUCUCUCAAUAUGAUCAGUUCUCUCUGGAUGGCGAAGCACAAAAUUACAGGAUACACCUUAAAGGCUACAGUGGAACGGCAGGCAAAAUAAGCAGCAUUGGGCAGCCAGGAAGUGAUUUUAGUACAAAAGAUGCAGACAAUGACAAAUGUGUUUGCAAGUGUUCACAACUGACAACAGGAGGCUGGUGGUUUGAUGCCUGCGGUCCAUCCAAUUUGAAUGGGAUGUAUUACCAGAAUGGCCAGAACUCCAACCGCUUCAACGGAAUCAAAUGGUACUACUGGAAAGGAUCGGGCUACUCACUGAAGUUGACUACCAUCAUGAUCAGACCGACAGACUUCUUGGCCUUGCUUUGAACCCGAGAAGCGAGACAACAAUACUGCCCAGAAAACACUAGUACCAAAAAUAAAGGUUCCACAGGAAGCCAAACCAUUUCAUAAAUACGUUUCUAUGUAAAUUCGUCCUUAUUUAUGUCUUUAUUAAUUUGAUCUGAAGGGUUUGUGCAUAUAAAUGUGGAGACACCUUAGGCAUAGCAGUUAUAUUCUUUUAACCAGUAAAAGGAAGCCAGAGUAAAAGUUAGAAUCAUAAAUACAUGUUAUACUUCAGCAUAAUUUAAAUAUUUGCCCAACUGCGAUUAGAAUACCAGCUGAUGAUAUUGUAUAGAUAGACCAUGGUACAAGAUGCAGAUAAAUAGUUGGCUCAAAUUGUUUUUUAUGCUUUACAGAUUUUUUAUGAUUUCAAUGUUAAAACCACAAGAAUGUUUUUCUACAGAUUCAUUGUUCGUUGUUUAACAGAAUGUAUAUACAUUUGUUGUUUAAUUUAUAUGUUCAUGUUAGGGAUAAUAUUUAAGUAUAUCAUAUAUAAAGGAAAUAUGCGUGAUAAGAGUCUGUGUUUCUUAAAGAUGUCUAUGCAAACAAACUAAAAAAAAACACUAUUUUAAUACAUUCUGCCAUACCUCCCAACAUGUCCAAGUAUGACAAUAAUGUUUUUGAAUUAGAAAGGUAUUUUUAGAAAAAUGAUUUUGUUUUGAAGGAGCUAACAUUGUGAGAAAGAUGAAAAGUUAAGUUUCUCAUUAGUUGAAGGUUUAGUAGACAGAAUGCUUAACAGACAUUUGAUUACUUAACCUGAAUACAGUCAACUAGUCAGGACUCAAGUGUUUGUGUUAGCUGACCAACAGACUAAGGCCAUAACUCUUGACCGCUUCACACAAUUGGAAACUUUUUCACAUUGCUUAGCAAAAUGUUUUCUUGGUAUUCUCAAAUGCAACAUACUCAAUAAAUUAAAAGGGAUCACAA